AUGAAUUUUGUAGGCGGCUUCAAGGACAGCCUCAACAAGAGGGCUACCGACCUCCGAUCGGGCGACACCUUCGAAGAUGUUUCGAAGAACCCGGAGAAGCUACGGCGAAUUCUGAAUCUCUGGCUCACUCCGACCUUCAAGCCCACAUUCAUUCCUGAAAAGGCGCAGGAGGAGGCUGAAUAUGAGCUACUAGGCCCUUCACUCGAUGAGAAAAGGCAUGUCCCACGACGCAUGUUUGAUAUUGGGACGGGAAACAUGGUGGAUUGGGACAGUGACGACGUGGGCCACUAUUGUAUGCUCUCGCAUCAGUGGAAGGGAACCGAGGUCACCUACGACUAUGUCAAAAAAGCGCGGAAACACAACAGCGAGAAUGUCAAAGCAGGCAAACCUGACGCGAAAAACGACGUUGACAUGAUUUACAAGCUGUGUGAGCAAGAGAUCCUGGAGAGCGAGCAGACCAUCAGGGAGCUUCUUGGCCAAGUCCCCGGGAGACAAGGCGACGACGUCGAGAAAUUACUUGCAGAGCGUAUCGAGGUCAAUUCGAUCAAGUGGCGACAAAAGGCUGCUACGAAGCAGUUGCGUGAUGCGAAGGCCCAGCUGGAAAACACUGACUUGGAGUCGGACGCUUUCAUGACCCUAGCGCUCGAGAUGGAGAGCACCGUCGCCCUCGGCCCCAGUACCAGCAAACAGAAAUCUGAACCGGCAAGAAGCAGCCCAAAUCCAAGCGCAGCAGACUUGGAGAAAGCACAGACGGCUGUCGACCAGGCACAGAUCAAUCUCAACAAUGUGACCCAGGAGACGUCAACGCCAGAGAAGGAGCAGAUGAUCAAGUUCUUCCACGAAGAGGGCCUAAUUCGCGAUGCCGUUGAUGAGCUCCUUGAUCUUCUGCAGCGGUGGAAGUCUGUGAUCAAGAUCAAGAAGUCCUUGGAACAUUCAAAGGAAAUCUUUGACUCCAAGCUUUUCCCUACCAGCGAGAGGCGAUAUCUCUGGAACGACACAUGCUGCAUCAACAAAGCCGAUGCGAACGAACUUGUCAAUUCACUCUCACUCAUGGGAGAUUGGUACGCCAACGCCGACUUUUGCCUGGUACACCUCGAUACUAGGAGACCUCAGGAUGACUGGAUUGAAGAGUGGGAUAGGUUCAAGAGGAGAACAGGAACGGAGCCCGAACUGCCGAAACCGAAUUACAAAAGUUUUCACAACAUCCGUGAUGAUCCUCCGGAAUGGUCUACUCGUGGUUGGACGCUACAAGAACUUGUCUUGAGCAAGAUGACAUUCUAUGUGAACUCGGCGUGGGAACCAUUAGGCAGGCCCGUGGAAAAUCUCGGCCCUUACUACUUCUUUUGUCCGUUCAUCGAGCUGUACGUUCCGAAGAGCGCUACUGUUGACAGGGAAGAGAUCAAGGCUGCGCAGAACUUGAUUUUGAUCCUCGACGCACUUGGACUGCACAUUCCGGGAAGCAUCGAAAGGGAGACGGCCAUACCUUGCAUAUCACAGGCCGUGUACCUCGCCGCCACCGGAAUGAGAAAGGAAGUCAAGGCGGCAGACAGCAGCAAGCUUCUCCUCACUCAUAAUCUCAGCGUUCGUCUUGAGCAGGAUGUCGAGAAAGUGUUUCCUGCCAGGAACAUGGGCGGCAGACCCGAGGGGGAUGCAAGACGCAUGAUCAAAUUCCUGUUGCGAUGCUUGGUCGCCGAGACAAGAGACCUGAUCCGGUCUGACAGGGAAGAUAUUGCAAAGUUUGGCAAGAUAGAUGCCUUGGAGAGCUGGCAGGAUGGCACCGAGCGGUCGAAAUUCCCGACGCAGAAAGUCAUGAACCUAGCGGCUCACCGCGUCUGCACUGUCGAGAUCGAUCGUGCAUACUCGCUGAUGGGCUUGCUUGGCGUCCGCUUCCCUACUUUCGCGGCCGAGGGUUUGCCUAAAGCUCUGGUACGGCUCUUCGAUGAGGUUCUCACCAUCUCCAAUGAUGUGUCGGUUUUCAACUGGGCUGGCACAGAUAUGGGAAGCCACAUCCGUGGUCGCUCUCUGUAUCCAUCCAGUCUGAAAGCUUUUCACACUGAUGGCGGAGAUGGUCAAUCAGUGGCCCUUAAGCGGUUGGCAGAGCUGCUGGAUACCAAGCGAAGCGGUGUGAUGCAGACUUUCCAACACGUCGUCACUAUGCUCCACAUGACGAUAACAUUCCUCAAGAAGCACGACCAUAAGCUCAUUCCCAUCGAUUGGAUCACGAAAAUCAUCAAUUUCAUCCAUUCGGCCGACUUUGAGGUCCUCGAGCCUCAACUCCAGCAUAUUGAGGGCAUCAUUGCAUGGGUUACGAAAAAAUGUGGCAGGGCUUUAGACAACGAGGACAAGCACCCGGCGGGCCAGAAAUCUGGUCUUCGACAAUGCGAUUCUAUUGCCGAUGUUGCGAAGAACCCCAUGGGAAGCAUUCUGGGUCCCAGCAGGAAGACAUCAUAUUCGAACAAGUGGGGUCCGUCAGCCAGGCGCAUCAAGACUGAGGAUGGAACCCCAGAAUCACCGACGCCCAGCAGUGCAAGCACGGCCGUUGAUGAUGAGAAUUACGACAUCCCUUCUCUGGAAGAGGAUGUGAGGAGGUUGAAUGGCCCGGUGAUGACAUGGCUGAAUGACAGUCUUGCCACGCUUUCAAGCGGCGUGGUCGCUGGUCCAGGAUCUGACGUCGUGGCAAGACUGCCAAAGGAGAUCCUGGACGGACAUGCUCAACUAAAUCGACCAGAUGUUGAGGCCAACCGGGAGAGACAGGCAAAAAUGCAAGGGAAGACUGAAAUGAUCUCUCCCAAUCCAAUCAUCGUCACAAACUCUGGAAUCGAGGGCGUAUUCGAUAUCCAGCGUGUCAUCAUCAUUUUUGCUGAGGAAGAAAAACUCUGGAAUCAAGUCAAGAAUGCGGCCAGCCCACACCAGAAGAUCACCGGGUGGUGUAGCAUUAGCACUGGUUUCGCUCGAGUUAUGGUCAGCUUCUCAUGUGAGAAACAGGUAUUGGAGAAGCAGCUCAUGAUCGCCCAAGUCAUUAAGAGAAAGGUACUGAGUGAGCCGUCCAGGCGGAAGGACGAACUGGAUGCGAAGACGAAAUCAGUAGAGGAAGCAGGCCAGGGUGAUGGCAACGAGCUUGGCCAGACGACGAAGGAUGAGAAAAAGGUCACCCGCAUGAUUGCUUUCAUCGAAGAGGAGAACCUUGACGCUGUUUCUGGCGAAUGGGUUCUGGCGAGAUUCUCCGAUGUUGAAGGCGCACAGUGGUUUCUGUGCUCUCUCGAGCUCGGCUCGAUGCACAGCUUCAACGGCCACCGAAUCCCAACGGGCAAGAUUGACUUCAACGACGCCAUACCCGAACCGGGUCUUCUCAACGUUUGGCAGACGUACAUGAUGCGCAAGAAGAGAAAGCUUUGUAAUGUCCUUCUGGACUACCUCAGCAGCAGGACCAUGGGGGCUGCGAGGGACGUGAUUUUGAAGAACGGACACGAGCAUGACGAAUCUGAGAGCCUGCUCUCGCAUGCCCUUGAGCUAGGCAAAUCGGUGGUACAGAACGCGGCAGGCGUGGCGGCGCUGAGCCUGAUGGAGGGUGUUUACGAAAUGAAGGCCAACUACUUGGAUAGAACUCUGACCGCCGCUGUUCUAAAGUACACGCCGAAGGAGCUCCAGCCGGCUGUCGAGAACUUGAACGCGGACAAGGAUUUCCGUCCAGCCAUGUUCCAUUCGGGUAGAAGGAUUCAUAUGUUUUAAUUAAGGUAGUGCGAGUUCGUAGUUAACUAGGCAGAUUUUGUGUACAAUUUUG